AUGUUCGACGGACCUCUUCUUAUUGAUCCUUAUGGGUUGCCACGUCAUCUAGAGACAGGACAGAAAUUGGCCUACGACGUGGAAUUCUAUGAGAAUGAAGAUAAUCGUAACAUUCCCAGAGGCCCCACUCAGUUCAAAGGCCAACAGAGAAAAGAUGUUCGAGACCUUCUCAAUAGCCCAGUCAUGUACGUUAGCACAGUACAUCAAAAACUAAUCAGAAUGUGUGACGACGAGGUUGCCGCUCUUGUUGUAGACAAUGGAUCCGGAAUGUGCAAGGCCGGAUUCGCCGGAGACGACGCUCCACGCGCCGUGAUCCCAUCCAUGGUCGGAAGACCAGACCAUCAAGGAGUCAUGGUCGAAAUGGGACAGAAGGACUCGUACGUCGGAGAUGAGGCUCAAUCCAAGAGAGGUAUCCUUACCCUCAAGUGCCCAAUUGAGCACGGAAUCGUCACCAACUGGGAUGAUAUGGAGAAGAUCUGGCAUCACACUUUCUACAACGAGCUCCGUGUUGCCCCAGAAGAGCACCCAGUCCUCCUCACUGAGGCCCCAUUCAAUCCAGAGGCCAACAGAGAAAAGAUGACCCAAAUCAUGUUCGAGACCUUCAACACCCCAGCCAUGUACGUCGCCGUCCAAGCCGCUCUCUCUCUCUACGCUUCCGGACGUACCACCGGAGUCGUUCUCGACUCUGGAGAUGGUGUCACCCACACUGUCCCAAUCUACGAAGGAUAUGUAAUCCCACACGCCAUCCUCCGUCUCGACUUGGCCGGACGGGAUCUUACUGAUUACCUCAUGAAGAUCCUCACUGAGCGCGGUUACUCUUUCACCACCGCCGCUGAGCGUGAGAUCGUCCGUGAUAUCAAGGAGAAGCUCUGCUACGUCGCCCUCGACUUCGAGCAGGAGAUGGCCACCGCCGCUUCCUCAUCUUCACUCGAGAAGUCCUACGAACUUCCUGACGGACAGGUCAUCACUGUCGGAAACGAGCGUUUCCGUUGCCCAGAGGCUCUCUUCCAGCCAUCCUUCUUGGGAAUGAAGUCUGCCGGAGUCCACGAGACUGUGUACAACUCCAUCAUGAAGUCCGACUUAGACACCCGUAAGGACUUGUACGCCAACACCCUUCUCUCCGGAGGAACCACCAUGUACCUAGGAAUAGCUGAUCGCAUGCAAAAGGAGAUCACCGCUCUUGCCCCAUCCACCAUGAAGAUCGGGAUCAACGCACCACCAGAGCGCAAGUACUCCGUCUGGAUAGGAGGAUCCAUGCUUGCUUCCCUGUCCUACUUCCAACAGAUGUGCAUCUCCAAGCAAGAGUACGACGAGUCCGGCCCAUCCAUCGUCCACCGCAUGUGCUUCUAA